GGAAAAGGCCACUUCAACUUGGCCUGGAGAUCCCGUUCUCAUCGAGCUCUAGGACUAGGGACAGUCUGGGCUAUUAUGGGUAGUCUGGGCUCUUAUGGGUAAAGAUAGUUAUUCCACUUUUCCAAGGCCCUUUUACCUUUGUUCGACUUCAGCUUGAUUUAAGAACAUUGCCUGGAUCUAGCAAGUUCUACAUAAAAAGGAGAAUGGUCAAAAAGGCUCUUGUUCUGGUGGCUGAAGGCACGGAGGAAAUGGAAGCCGUCACCAUCGUUGAUGUACUACGCCGUGCGGAGGUGGAGGUGACGGUGGCGGGCGUCGCCGGCUGCGAGCCGGUCAGGUGCAGCCGCUCUGUGCGCAUAGUCCCCGACGCUGCGCUCAGCUCGGCGGCGGACGCAGGCCCCUACGACGCGCUCGUCCUGCCCGGCGGACUGGGAGGCGCGCAGGCCUUCUGCCAGUCGCAGCUGGUGAAGAGGGCGCUGCUAGAACAGGAGGCGACCGGCCGGCUGAUUGCCGCCAUCUGCGCGGCGCCAACGGCUCUGAGGGCGCACGGCCUCUGCACGGGCCGAGCACUCACCAGCUAUCCGACGUUCCGUGACGAGCUGGUGGCGGCCGGCUACCGGUACUUGGAACAGCCGGUGGUGGUAGACGGUACCCUGGUCACCAGCCGCGGUCCAGGCACGGCCGUGCAGUUUGCGCUGGAGCUGGUCGGCCAACUGUGCGGCGGCGAGCGGCAGGCGCGCACGGCGGCCGCACUGCUAUCGGCCGCCUGAGCCGGCGCCUCCAUCCCCGCAUAGCUGAGCCGCCCCCCCCCCCCCCCCCGCUGGAGCCGGUGCCCCGCCUGAGCUCCCCUCCCCCGAGCCGGCACCCCUCGCCGUCUGAGUCCCCCCCCUCCCCCGAGCCGGCACCCCUCGCCGUCUGAGCCCCCCCCCCCCCCCUCCCCCGAGCCGGCACCCCUCGCCGUCUGAGCCCCCCCCCCCCUCCCCCGAGCUGGCACCCCUCGCCGUCUGAGCCCCCCCCCCCCCUCCCCCGAGCCGGCACCCCUCGCCGUCUGAGCCCCCGCUCGGCUGUCGGAACUGCCACUCCGGGGGCUGCCACUCUGGCUGAACCAGAUUGUAAGGAUUUAUUGAGCCAAUACAUGUCCAGGAUU